AUGUUCCAGUCCGACUCUCCCUACUCGGGCGGUGUCUUUUUCCUGUCGAUCACCUUCCCGACCGACUACCCGUUCAAGCCGCCGAAGGUGUCCUUCUCGACGAAGAUCUACCACCCGAACAUCAACGCCAACGGCAGCAUCUGCCUGGAUAUCCUCAGGGACCAGUGGAGCCCUGCGCUGACCAUCUCCAAGGUCCUGCUCUCCAUCUGCUCCAUGCUGACGGACCCGAACCCCGACGAUCCGCUGGUGCCCGACAUUGCGCACCUGUACAAGACGGACCGGCCGGCGUACGAAAACACCGCCCGCGAGUGGACCAGGAAGUAG